AUGCCCCCCAAGGCCGCAGAGAAGAAGCCCGCCUCCAAGGCCCCCGCCUCCAAGGCUCCAGCUGAGAAGAAAGAGGCUGGCAAGAAGACCGCAGCAACCGGCGAGAAGAAGAAGCGUACCAAAACGCGCAAGGAGACCUACUCUUCCUACAUCUACAAGGUCCUCAAGCAAGUCCACCCCGAUACUGGUAUCUCCAACCGCGCUAUGUCCAUCCUCAACUCCUUUGUUAAUGACAUCUUCGAGCGGGUUGCGACCGAGGCUUCCAAGCUUGCCGCAUACAACAAGAAGUCGACCAUCUCUUCCCGCGAGAUCCAAACAUCCGUCCGCCUGAUCCUCCCCGGUGAACUCGCCAAGCACGCCGUCUCUGAAGGCACCAAGGCUGUCACAAAGUACUCUUCAUCCACGAAGCAAUAA